UUGUCUUUGUGGGUGUAAGUUUUUCAUCUCCUUGAAGAGACAUGUAUGUUUCAAACACUUCUCAGGCUCCUCUGCAAUAUGGAACUCCCAGCGCAUUUGACGGUCCACAGUGGCCUCACCUAGCGCCCAGAAGCAUCUACACGUCGGUGGCUGUGCUCAUGGGCAUCGUAGUGUUUUCUGCCUCCUUUGUGAACGGUUUGGUCAUUGUGGUUUCCAUCAAGUACAAGAAACUCAGAUCCCCACUGAACUACAUCCUGGUGAAUCUGGCUGUGGCUGAUCUGCUGGUGACUUUCUUUGGAAGCACUAUCAGUUUCUCGAAUAACAUCAAUGGCUUCUUUGUGCUCGGCAAAAGGGUGUGCAAGUUUGAAGGCUUCAUGGUCUCUUUAACAGGCAUUGUGGGGCUUUGGUCCUUGGCGAUCCUGGCCUUUGAAAGGUAUAUCGUCAUCUGCAAACCCAUGGGAGAUUUCCGAUUUCACCACAAACAUGCAGUGAUGGGCUGUGCGUUCACCUGGAUUUGGUCACUUCUCUGGACAGCCCCACCAAUGUUAGGCUGGAGCAGCUAUGUGCCAGAAGGUCUGAGAACCUCCUGUGGUCCCAACUGGUACACCGGAGGCAGCAACAACAGCAGCUACAUCAUGACUUUAUUUAUUACCUGUUUCAUUAUUCCUCUCAGUCUGAUCCUCUUCUCCUAUACAAAUCUGCUGAUGACACUACGAGCUGUUGCAGCACAACAAAAAGAAUCUGAGACAAGUCAGCGAGCCGAGAGGAAGGUGACACGAAUGGUGAUUGCUAUGGUGAUGGCCUUUCUUAUCUGCUGGUUGCCCUAUUCCACCUUUGCCAUGGUGGUUGCCACAAACAAAGACAUUCCCAUCCAACCAACUCUAGCAUCACUGCCUUCAUACUUCUCCAAAACAGCCACAGUUUACAAUCCAAUUAUCUACAUCUUCAUGAACAAACAGUUCCGGGACUGCCUGCUGAAAAUGAUGUGCUGCAAUCGCAACCCGUCAGGGAUGCAGGAAACCUCUCCUGCUAUGCCUGGUGCCCCCAAAGGCAUCUCAUCAGCCUUGGAGGGAUGCGGAAAUAAGGUGACUCCAUCGUAAACAGUGCAGAUGCUUCAAUUCCUGCAUGGAGGAAUGGCAGCUGCCAGCUCCAUACAUUCGUCUCAGUUUCAUUUGGCAUAAAUACAAAGAGGAGCAAAGAGGCUGGCUAUUUUCUAACAGCCCAAAUAUACACCAGAAAGUAAUAAAAAAUUUCUUCUUAGAGCUCCCAAUAAUAUUCACUGUACCCUGCCCUGUCACUGCAAACUUAGAUAGAAGGUAAAACACAUUCCCUUCAAUGGCAGGAAAGCAAUCAUAUUAGAGAGUAAAUAUCAGAGAGAACAGUUCACACUCCCAAUGGGAAUAGCCCCCAUUCCUAGUUCCUUACCCCCUGGGGGAAGUGCUAAAGCAUGAUAAUGGGGGACCUUUUACUAGGCCAAGGAAUAAUUAAACUACCAGCAUUAAAGCCCAAAAGAGCACUUCUGCAGUAGUAAUCCCAUUAGGAAAAGCAUAGGCUUCAUUUCAUUUAAAUAUAUAUUUCACCGCACAGAGCAAAACAGGAGAAAGCCCUGCACAUUUUCAAUACACAUUAUUUUAUAGACACAGUAGGAUUUGUGUUGGUUGAUCCUUUUGUGUAACUUCAAGACAGGCUGUGAACCAAUGAAAAUUUAGCAGGUGUGUUCAAGUGGAUUGGGUUAAUAAACAUCCAGACAUUUAAACACCA